AUGACUUCAAGCAUCAACGAGAAGGAAAACGAAAAGGUUGUUGGUAGCAGCCAAGCUACCUCAACUCCCGAGGAUGUUGUCAUCAAUACUGAAAGUGGCGAUGCUCCCACACCAGGUGAAGAUGGAGAAAUCGAGGGUUCCUGGAGUGACUACAAGCGCAUUCUCACAUAUGCCGGGCCUACAGAAUACCUCAUGCAAGCCAUCGCUCUUGUCGCUGCCAUAGGUUCAGGUGCUGGUAUUGCUCUCCAAAAUCUCAUCUUUGGACAAUUUAUCACCAUCAUCACCGACUUCACUUCUGGAAAAUCCGCACCUAGCAAGUUUCGCAAAGAUGUUGCAGACCUAGCACUGUACUUUGUGUACCUCGGUAUUGGUCGAUUUGUUCUCUCCUACAUCUGGAACGUAUUCCUAACCUACUCUUCCUACCGAAUUGUACGUAACAUCCGAAAGGAGUACCUCCGUGCCGCUCUUCGUCAGGAAAUUGCCUACUAUGACUUUGGUACUGGUGGUUCUAUCGCCACUCAGGCUACCUCCAAUGGUCGCUUGAUCCAAACCGGUAUUGCCGAGAAGCUUGGUCUUUUCUUUCAAGGCAUUGCUGCUUUCCUCACUGCCUUUAUUGUCGCCUUUGUUGUGCAGUGGAAGCUCACUCUGAUCUGUUUGUGCAUCGCCCCAGCCACCAUCAUUGUCAUGACUGUCGUUGCCACCAUGGAGGCUGUUCACGAGAUGAAGAUCCUGGAUAUCCAUGGUCAGGCCAACUCGCUAGCAGAGGGCAUUCUUGCUAGUGUCCGAACUGUUCAUGCCUUUGAGAUGCGAGCUAGACUUGUUGACAAGUUCGACAAGCACCUCGAGGAGGCCCACACUGUUGGAAAGAAGAUUUCCAUCCUCUUUGGUCUCAUGUUCUCUGCCGAUUACACCAUCAUUUACCUUGGCUUUGGUCUAGCUUUCUGGCAGGGUGUCCGUAUGCUGGCAAGUGGUGAGAUCACCGAUUCUGGUGUUAUCUUCACAGUUCUUCUUUCUGUUGUUAUCGCAGCUGUGCAACUGACCCAGCUCACCCCUUACACCAUCGACUUUAGCCGUGCCAUGUCCGGAGCAGCCCAACUCUUCACUCUCAUCGAUCGCGAAUCGGCUAUCGACCCUCUUUCCAAGACAGGCGAGACCCCAUCCGAGACUAUCGGGUACGUAGAGUUGGAAAACAUCACUUUUGCCUACCCCACGAGACCAGGCAUUACCGUGCUUGACAAUUUCUCCCUCAAUAUUCCUGCUGGCAAGGUCACCGCCCUGCUGAACUUGAACUGGCUCCGACGAAAUGUUCGCCUGGUCCAGCAAGAACCUGUUCUGUUCGAAGGAUCCGUAUUCGAUAACAUCAAGCAUGGUCUGGUUGGCACCGAGUGGGAAAAUGCACCAGUUGAGGAACAGAUGAAGCGAAUCGAAGAGGCUGCUAAAAUGGCUUUUGCUCACAACUUCAUUAUGGAGCUUCCUGAUGGUUACAACACGCAGAUCGGUCAGCGAGGUGGUCUUCUCUCAGGUGGCCAAAAGCAACGAGUCGCCAUCGCCCGUAGUGUUGUAUCUCAGCCCAAGGUCCUCCUUCUCGAUGAAGCUACAAGUGCUCUUGAUCCUCACGCAGAGAGUGUCGUCCAGAAAGCUCUCGACAAAGCAGCCGAAGGCCGUACCACCAUCGUCAUCGCCCACAAGCUCGCCACCAUUCGCAAGGCCGACAACAUUGUUGUCAUGUCCAAGGGUUCCAUUAUUGAACAGGGUUCACAUGAAUCUCUGAUUCUUCAGGACGGUUCUUAUGCAAACCUCGUCACGAUCCAGAGUCUUGCUGUGGAUGAUGAGUCAGCGCACUCGGUAACCGAGGAGGAAGAGGAGGCCGUCCCUGAAGCUGAAAAAGAAGACCUUAAAAUGACCAAGACUGUCACUCAAUAUGAAACUCACGUCCAGGAGCGCCUCGAGGCCGGUAAGGAACUUGGCAACUACGACAACCACAAGCAGCUGGGCAUCUUCCAUGUCGUCUAUCGACUCAUUGUAGAAAGCCCCGAGGUAGCAUGGUCGUACUUCUUCGUUCUUGCAGGAUGCCUGGGAGCUGUCGCGGCAUUUCCUGGACAGGCCAUUCUUCUCGCUCACGUCGUGGAUGUGUUCACUCUCACUGGCGAUAGAUUGAGAGACCGUGGAAACUUCUAUGCCAGCAUGUUCAUUGUUCUUGCUGCCGGUCUUCUCGUAUCAUACUUUGUUCUUGGCUAUGCCACCAACACUGUCGCCCAGUUCCUUAGCCACAAGCUUCGCAAGCAGAGUCUGCAGGAUAUGCUUCGACAGGAUCUCCAAUUUUUCGAUCGUGAGGAAAACAGCACUGGUGCUCUGGCUAGUCGUAUUGACUCCAACCCUCAGUCUAUUCUGGAAUUGAUGGGCUUUAACGUUGCCCUCAUUCUCAUUGCCAUUCUCAACCUGGUUGCCUGCAGUCUCAUGGCUAUUAUCCACAGCUGGAAGCUUGGUCUGGUGGUCGUUUGUGCCGGUCUGCCUCCGCUGGUUAGCUCAGGCUACUUCAAGAUCCGCCUCGAUGCCAAGCUGGACCGGGACACUUCCAAGAGAUAUUCUACCAGCGCUUCGGUCGCAUCUGAGGCCAUCACAGCCAUCCGAACUGUUUCAUCUUUGGCUAUUGAAGAGUCUGUUCUGGAUAAAUAUGUCAAUGAGUUGAAUGGAGCUGUCGCUGGCUCAAAGAACGAUCUUUUCAAAAUUAUGAUCUUCUUUGCCCUUACUCAAUCGAUUGAAUAUUGGUUCCAGGCUCUUGGCUUCUGGUACGGCUGCCGUCUUCUAUCACAGGGCGACGUUUCCAUGUACAACUUCCUCGUCGCUUUCCUCGGCGUUUUCUACUCUGGCCAGGCCUCUGGUCAGCUUUUCCAGUUCUCGACGAGUAUCACCAAGGGAGUCAACGCCGCCAACUAUAUCUUCUGGCUAAGCGAACUUCAACCUAAUGUUCAAGAAACCUCUGAGAACCGCGACAACGGCCCCAAGUCAGGAGGUCCCAUCGUACUGGACGACGUUCGCUUUUCAUACCCACUGCGUCCUCACGCUCCUGUUCUCCGUGGCAUUGACCUGAACGUCAAGCCCGGCCAAUUUGUGGCCUUGGUCGGUGCUUCGGGAUGUGGAAAGUCAACCAUGAUUGCUAUGCUCGAGCGGUUCUACGAUCCCUCAAGCGGCACUAUCAGCAUCGACAACUCUGCUCUUCCCAGCCUCAAUCCUCGGCUCUACCGUCGCAUUGUUGGUCUCGUUCAGCAGGAGCCAACUCUUUUCCAGGGCACAAUACGAGAAAACAUUGCUCUGGGUGUUGAUGACCCUGAGACUGAAAAGAAGGACCCGGCCACGUCGGUUUCCAACGAGCGAAUCGAAGCAGCUCUUCGCGCUGCGAAUGCGUGGGAUUUCGUCUCUUCCUUACCUGAGGGUGUUGAUACACAAGCUGGCUCAAACGGUGCUCAACUAUCUGGAGGCCAAAGACAGCGAAUCGCCAUCGCGCGGGCCCUUAUUCGCGACCCCAAAGUUCUUCUGCUCGAUGAAGCCACCAGCGCUCUCGACACUGAGAGCGAGAAGAUCGUGCAGGGUGCCCUUGCAGAAGCAGCUAAGAAGGGUGAUCGUAUCACAAUUGCUGUUGCUCAUCGCUUGAGCACAAUCAAGGAUGCUGACAAGAUCUGCGUGUUCCUUGGUGGCAAGAUCACGGAGGCAGGGACUCAUCAAGAGCUGCUUGCACAGGGUGGGUUGUACCGCAAGAUGUGUGAAGCACAGGCUCUGGAUAGUUAG